AUGAAGAAAAGAAGCAAGUGUGACUCCUCUCCGUAUCGAGGAUCAAGGACUAGGAUCGCAACGAUCGGUCUCAAGAUUUCGUUUUAUGGUAAUAUUUUCAAGAGGAAACCCAAUCCCGCCCCUCGCCGAGAAAAAGAGAAUGCGAAACGUCCCAAACAAUGGCAAAAACAAAUUAACGUAGACUCGUGUACCCUACCGCCAUUAGAGAAAUGCUUGACUCCUCAGGUUUUCGGACCACAGCACGAUCCAUUUGCCGGUGAGAAGACCGAAAGUAGAGAGGGAAAAAUAGUCAACUUUUGA